AUGGGUAACUGCUGCUGUUGUUCUUUUCCCAAAGGGGAUGUGCCCGCGGAGCCGCAGUUGACACCGCGCCAGAGACUGCUUGCGGUAUUUGGCACGCACGCCCCGCUUCGGUUGAAGGAUGUUGAUGACAUCCUACAAGACUACAAUAAUGACGGCGAGCGUGCGCUGCGGUACUACAGCGCCGUGCUGGGGCCAGAACCAAAACCUGACGAGGCUAAACAGUUGUACGCCACAUACUUGACGAAGGAUGAUAUCGCACUGCGACAGUGCGUACACCAUUUGUUGCUGAAAUAUGACCCGACACGUAUUGUGGAAUUAGAGUCCAUUGUGCUGAGACACAAGGUGGAAAAGGGAGUGAGAGGCGGGAAGGCAGGGGAAAUGAGCCUAAUCCAGCAGCUGAAGCAGCGUUACUCGGGGAAGUUAGCGAAGCGCGGUGGCGGCGUUUUCUUGCAGCCAGGUAGUGUGGGUGGGGAUGUGCCACCCCCACCACUGCCGCUGCAGAGUGACGAACUGUUGGCGAGGGGGUCGCACGGCGCCACACACCCGCCCUCGCCCUCCCAAUCCACACUGGCGGCGACGGACAGGGCGGUUGCCCUUGGCGGGACUCCGGCUCCGCUUCCGCUGGCCACCACUGUUGCCCUUCCUACGGCUGGGCAGUCCCGGCCUCGUGGGAAGAGGGAUGAGGUUGACACCGGCGAUGACGAUGCUGAUGGGAUUCUUCGCAAGUUUGACGCCAUCCUUGCCCACUCUCGCUACGCCGAUGUUGCUGCCCUUCUUCCAUAUAGAGCUCCCGCAAAACAGGCCUCGUAG